AGAAACUCACGAUGUUAUGAAACAGCGUUUAUGGGAAUACCAACAAACGUAAUUGGAAAAAAUCGGAUUUUUGUAUACGGCCGAUUGUGUCGGAAAAACAACAAGAGCUACGGAUAUAACAGCAUCGCAACGUUACCGAAGUACUCUAGAUUCUUCUGAACGUUUCUACCGACGAAAAUAUCCAGGCUGUUCGAUGCAGUGCUAUAGAAUGUUUACUACGUGGAGACGGCUCGUGAAAGACGGUGGUAGUACCAUCUGGAUCAUACUUUUGGCAAUCUCCGCGGAUGGAGUCAUCGAAAUUGGGAGGUAAAAGCACCGCAACGUACAAAAUACUCGAAAAUGAUAAAGUUGGAAGAUACAUGAUAGCCAACAAAGAGUUAGAGGCAGGCGAGGAAAUACUCACGGAGAUGCCAUUUGUGGUCGGACCAAAGGCGUUCACUUAUCCCUUAUGCCUUUCGUGUUGCACGCCUUGGCCACCGACGCCGAGUGAUAAACCUCUUUGCUCUAAAUGCGGGUGGCCCGUUUGUUCUGCAGAAUGCGAAAAUCUGCCUCGACAUAAAGAUUACGAAUGCCAGAUAUUUGCACAAGCGAACGAGAAAUUCAACGUGGCAGCGGCUUUGGAAGAAACCAACGAGAAUGGUGUCCCUCAAUUAGAAUGUAUAACACCGUUGAGGCUGCUGUUGGAAUCCGAGAAGAGUCCCGAAAGAUGGAAUAACGAAGUGAAGGCGAUGGAGGCUCAUAAUAAAUUAAGAAAAGAAAAAGCACAUUGGGAUUCGGACCAGGUGAACGUGGUAGCUUAUUUGAGAAACCAGCUUAAACUCGAACGAUUCUCCGAAGAACAAAUCCAAACGGCUUGCGGCAUUUUGGAAGUAAACGCGUUCGAGAUUCGUACAGCGAAUGGAUUCAGCGCGAGAGCUCUGUAUCCGACCGUAGCAUUGAUGAAUCAUUCUUGCGUCUCCAAUACAUGCCACAGUAUUUCAACGACAGAUUUUAGAGUACGAUUGCGGACAACAACGAAAGUUCCGCCUGCCGGUGAAUUGUAUGGCAGUUACGUGCACUCGUUGCUACCAACUAUGUUGAGAAGAGAACAUCUUCUCGAAGGGAAAUACUUUGCUUGCGCUUGUCCAAGAUGUGCGGAUCCCGCCGAGCUGGGGACACACAUGUCGUCCUUGAAAUGUAACAAAUGCGACAAUGGCAUCGUGAUGUCGUUAGACUCCCUGGAUCCUGAUAGCAAAUGGAAAUGCACGCACUGUGAAUUCUCAACGAGCGGGGCAGCUGUUCGGAAAGUACUGCAUAUCAUUCAGGCAGAGGUUGACGCUGUAGAAACCAUCAGUGGAACCGAGGGAGCCGACGCCAUUCAAGAAAGAGAAACAGUUAUGAAAAAGUACCACUCUGUGUUGCACCCCUGUCAUGCUUUUAACACGAUGCUGAGGCACUCGUUAACACAGAUGUACGGUCGCGUCGAUGAAUACCUGUUAGACGAUCUGCCAGACGUGGUGUUAGAACAUAAAAUAGAUUUGUGUCAUCUGUUGCUGCAAGUAUUGAACGUUAUAGAACCGGGUUAUUCUCGUAUAAGAGGAAUGACGUUGUACGAGCUCCAUGCCCCUUUGCUUAUCAUCGCUAAAACGCAAUGGAACGCAGGCGUGUUAAACGAGAGUGGCCUGAAAUCGAAAAUGAUCGAUGCUGUUCAGAUCUUGAGAGAAUCUGCAACCAUCUUGUGCUUGGAACCGUCGGACACCCCCGAGGGACAAAUAGGCAUCGUCGCGAAGGACUCGUUGGUUCAGCUGGAAGACUCGAUCAAUAAUUUAUAAGUAUUUCAUGUAAAUAUAAUAAAAGUGCAUUCGAACAUAUGUAAUAUAAUAAUUAAUCGCCUCAGACAAUAAAAGAUGUAUUCUCGGAAAA